AUGUUGCUGCGCAGGGACUUCUUCGCCAUCGUGCUCUCCAUCGUCACGGUGUACAUCUCGCUGCAAGGCGACGGCGUGGUGUCCUUCCGGCCGGCGUGGUUCCACCCGCUCGAAGACCUCUCCCGCGUCAUCCUCGAGCUCGAGGGGGCCGGGGAGGCGCUGCCACGGCCCGUGUCUGCGGACCUGAACGGUGAUGGCUACUACGAGCUCGUGGUGGCCACGCACGACAACAAACUCCAAGUCAUCAACCCCAAGCCAGCGUCCAGAGGACCCAAGGGCGGCUACGCGCCCGUGGAGGUCCUCAAGGAGAUCGAAAUCGAAGCGCGACCCGGCCUCUCCGCCAAGGACCCCGCGUUCAGGCCGGUGACGAUCGCGACGGGCUACAUCGACCCCCCCAGCGAGGACCUCGUGCGCGCGCUCCGCAAGCAGGUCGUGGUGGUCGUCACGGCGGGGUACAAGGUCCUGUGCUACGACCACAACCUGAGGCUGUUGUGGACGCACGAGAUCGCGCGGUACCUCCCGCGGAACGCGCGGUUCCGGGAGGCGGCCGCGGUGAUCUCGGAGCAGCGCAUCCGCGGCACCGACAAGACGGACCGAGGCAGCAUCGUCAUCGCAGCGAGCCUGGAGCUGGGCGCGGUGGGGGACGACAGCGCGACGGGCGGCGGCGGCGACGCGCUGAACGUCGAGCUCAUGCGCGAGCAGAUCGAGAAGAACGCGGCGGGGGCGGCCGGGCUCGGGGGCGCGAAUCGCCGCCGCGGGCGCGCGCCCCUGCAGCUGAGCGCCGACAAGCUGCGCGGGGGCGGUUCCGGCGCCGCGAACGGCGAGGCCGGGGACGACAAGGUCUGGGGCGUCGACGCCGGCGCGGACGUGGACGACGACACGCAGCGGCUCGGCGCGGACACCUCCCGUCAGACUGCGUUCUACGCCUUCGAGGGGGGCAAGGGGGUGUUCCGAUGGUCCCGGGACAGCGUGGACUACCACAGGAUCACGGAGGGUCGCGGGGCGUCCGCGGACAUGCUGGAGCCGCAGCAGAACUACAAGCUGACAGCGGAGGCACUCGUGGACACCACGGUCGACCAGGACUGCUCGUCGUACCGCGAGUCGCUGCUGAUCCACGCCCUGCCGCACCGCUGGACGGGCCUCUACGACACGCAGCUGCACCUGGCGCACUUCGUGAAGCACAAGCACCGCACGGGGCAGAAGGGGAAGCAGAAGGUCGCCGAGGUCGGGGCGCGGGCGACGGCGCGCGCCGGAGCGACGGGCGGAGGCUCGGACGCCGGUAGCCUCGCCGGUGCGGUGGUCGCCGGCGCCGUGGACGGCCUAGCGGAGGCGAUUGCGGGCGGCGAGAGGGGCUUGCCGCGCAAGGACGCCGCGGGGGCGCAGAGCGCGCAGGCGGACGACGCGACGCCGAACGCGAUCGUCGCGCACCUCAGGGACGGCGUCGUCGUGCUGGACUUCGCGUCGGGCCGCCCGAUGUGCUCCUUGCAGAUGGAGCGCAACCAAGUGCACGUCGACCUCAACUCGGACGGCGUCGUGGACCACGUGGCGGCCGUGCCGGGCAAGCGGCACCAGACGGAUCUUCUCCCGCCGGGGCACCGCGGGAUGCGCGGGUGCUGGGCGGUGGUGACGUCGGGCAUCGCGCAGGAGCUGCCGCUGUUCAACGGGACGAUAUGCCGGCACGGGAGCAUCGGGGGGCCGCGGAACCAGCACAACGUCGUCCUCGUGAACGACCCCACGCGGGAUGCCGUCGAGGUCGCAGCGCCAACGGUGCUACCGCUGCCGAGGCAGGCGUGGCGCGACGACUCGGCGCCGUCGAUCGCGGUCUUCCUCACCAGCCGCGGGGAGAUCAUGGCGUACGACACCGCGGGCCGCGAGUCCUUCCACGUGUUCACGUCCGUCGCGUGGGACAACGACCCUGGGAUGCAGGACUCCCACCGCAUCCGGCCGACGCUCUCGGCCUUCCCGCUCGUGCGCCACUCGACGCAGUUCGUCGUCGUGGCCGCCGGCGCGCACACCGCGUCGGUCGUCUCCGCGACAGGGCACGUGCUGCAAAACAUCGACCUACCGGCGGUUCCCGUGCAGCCGCUCGUGGCGAUCGACUUUGACGGGAACGGGCUGUCUGACCUGCUGUUGAUGACGCAGGACGGGCUGUACGCGCUGGCGCAGGUGCCGACGCCCGGCGGCCUGCCGUUCCAGGCGCUGGUGGCGUGUCUGAUGGUCGCGAUGGUGGCGGUGUUCUGGCAGAACCAGGGCGGCAGCGGGGGGGGGCGGCUGCGGUCGACGGAGCGGGCCGACUGA